AUGGGCAAAGAGCCGCCCAGUCACCAGGCGAAAGCUCCACCGAUCUACUCACCCACUCCAUGCCGCAGUCGUGGCAGUGGAUUGUUCCACAAGUUCAUUGAGCAGAGCAGAAAUGCCUCAGGCAUUGACCAACCACGCACCAGCAAGAUCCCGGCGGAGGAAAGCGCUCCUGCCAGGGAGGAAGUGGAAGAAUCACCCGAUUCUCCAGAGGACAGGCCAACCUCCAGCAAGUCGCGCAGAGCGAGGAAGCCUGCAGGUGAAAAAGUUGCAAAGCGCAAGGAGCCACCAGCAGAGGCAGAGGAAAACUGCCAAGUUGAGAAGAAGAGAAAGACAGCAGCCGGAGCGCUGCAGGAACUGAGCAAAAAGCCCAGGAAGACGACGACCAAGACGAUUCCGGCUCCUAGCGCUGCUGUGGUGGCGGUGGAUGACUUCGUCAGUGAAGGUCAGGGGAAUGGACGGCCGCAGCGCGCCCGCUGUCCUGUCCUUGCAUCUUGGCGGGGUGAGAAAGCCAUCUACAGUCGUGAACCUGGAUCUGCCACUCCACGGGUUACGGGAUUCCACAUCGUUCCAGAGAGCCAGGGCAGCAAGGAGUCUCUGGUUGCCGAUCCCUGGAGGCGGGGCUUCGAGGCGGCUCCAGAGACACAUCCCGUGAUGCUGGAGGCGAUUGAAGGUGAGAUUCCAUCAGAUUUGGUGGGAACGAUCUACCGAAAUUCUGCUGGCCGGUUGCGGAUUGGAGCCUCAGAGUAUGAACAUUGGUUUGAUGGGGAUGGCUUUGUUUCCGCUCUUUCGGUGGAUGGAGUACAGCAAAAGGCCGCAUUUGCUUCGCGCUUCGUUCGGACGCCUCGAUUUGUGGCACAGGAAAAGCCUGGUGCGUUUGCCAGGGCCCAGGAAGGCUUAGGCAUGGCUUCUGUUGGUGCUUGGACACCUGCUGACAACGGUGACUUUUCCUCCAAUGUCUUCAGGUUAGCAACCAACCCUGCCAACACCAGCGUGCUGUGGUGGGGAGAUCGUUUGCUGGCACUUUGUGAAGGUGGCCUUCCCUACCGCCUGGACCCUGGUACCUUGGAAACCCUGGGGGAGGAUCUCUUCAAGGAUCGGAGCAUCUCGGAGAGUGGCGUUUCCUUCUUCUCGGCUCAUCCCAAGCGGGACCCCACCACGGGGGAACUCUUCAACAUCGGGCUGACCAUCAGUGUACCUCAAGCCAUUGAGGUUUACUGUUGCUCCGCGACGGGCGAGUUGCUUCAGCGCGCCAAAGUGCCGUUGAAGGAAUUCACCUUCGUUCAUGACUUUGCCAUCACGGAGAAGUACAUCGUGCUCAUCAUGCCCCCUUGGGUGUGCCCAGUAGAUGGCCUUCUCCAAAGUCUUUGGGAAGGUGGUCUGGGGCAGAAAUUUGGAUGGCAAGAGGAGUUGGGUACCAGAUGCGUCCUGUUGAAGCGAAGUGACCUGAGCACUGUAUUUGACGAGACACUGAUGCCACCAGUCUCCUUGUAUCACACUGUCAAUGCUUUUGAAGAAGACGACACAGUCAAACUCCAGAUUGCAGCUCACAUUGGACCACGAGAACAUGUUGAGAAAAACUUCAGAGACAUGUACCGCAGCAACUGGACAGAUGAAACUCGUUGCAGCCUGAAGGAAAUGACUCUGGACAUCUCUUUGGGUCGAAUCAGCAUCCGCUCAGUGGGUCCCUCGGACGCUGCUUCGUUUGAGCUUCCGACGAUUCAUCCGGCCUUCAUUGGAAGAACGCAUCGACACGUGUUUACCAAUUCUGCCUACCCAUCGACAGCAGGUUUCGCCAAUACGGUGGAACGGCUGGACCUGCAGAAGAACCUGGUCGACCGGGCGGUCUUUGAGGAAGGUCAAUUCGCGGGGGAGCCGAUGGUGAUCCCGAAAGAGUCAGCGAAAGAUGAGCUUUCAGCGAUGCUUGGAUGGUAUGUUUGCACCUGCGUAUACGAUGCGAACAGCAACAAAUCGUUUUUCGCCUUUUUCGAUGCUGCGCACCUGUCAGCUGGACCUGUUGCGAAGGUGCAUUUGCCGACUCAUUUGCCCUAUUCCUUCCAUGGGGAGUGGGUCCAAGAUCUUGACUUCACUUCUGCUGAUUUGCUAGGCAAGGUCGACGUGCUCCACGUGGCGCAAAAAGGGAAGCCUGAGCCUCUUCCUGGCGCGCGGGCACGUCCCAAGCCGGCGAGGAGGCCCAGUCAUCGCAAGGGCACUGAAUCUGUGGCAGACUUGCCAGGCCUAGAAUGUAGCGAGGCCUUGCCGGAUCCAGAUCUCGCUGCAGAUGAACCAUCGAGUUUGCUUCCGCACCAUACGAAGAUGCCGACGAAGUCACUGCUUCGGUCCAAGGGAUCGGCGCGAAGGACCCGCAAGGUGAGCUGGUCGGAGGAGCAGAGAGAAUUCGUCAUCGAAAAGGUGCCUUUCUCCACAGAUCUGUGGGAACCUGUAGAACCCCAGACACAGUGCAAUCACUGCCAGAGGAUCUUUCUUUGGGGUAGCGAGAUCGACUAUGGCAACUUUGCAGCAGCCAGGGAGAACCGCUUUGAGGAGGUCUUCUGUAAGGGCUGCCGAGCCACGUCGCUCUUCGCCAGCAUUGGCGGCUGGUUCCUGGUCAGCUGCGCAUGCCGCGAAGCUGGAUUCUCUGCAGACCCCAGCGAGGCCAUGAUGUUGGUGCAGCAGCUGAUCAAGCUGGGUCCUCAUGGAAGGGAGCCCGAUGACGUCUGGAGGAUCUUGCGCUUGGAGGAAGCGCCGGCAUGGUAUGAGAUCAUGCAAAAGGCGCUCGCGAGGAUCGAGGAAGCGUUUACCAUUCCAGAAGAUUUUGAAGGAGGCCCUUCAGUUCAGCUUUUGGAACCUGAAAGUGAGAUCCACGAGGUGGAGGACUGGCAUAGCGGCACACGUGGCAUAGCAGCUGUGUUGAGCUUCGGGAAACUGUGGAGGACACAGAUGUCGGGACCCCCGCAGAAGAUGCGAGAGUCCUUGAUCAUCUUGAGAGCUGAUGCAUCCGAAUCUGUCAUCAUCUCAAAAGUGCACGGAAUUCCUAGAAAGCCGCUGGCGAAGCACACCUUUUAUGAUCGUGUGCAAGGCUUUCACAGGGCUUGAAGAAUUCAGAAGCCAUGGCCCAACCUGUACAUUGUAGGCCAUUAAGGGCCAUUGUGGCAAAGGCGUAGAAGCCCAGAUGUUGGCUGCGUUCCAGUGUGAAGUGGGAUGCCC